AGAAGCUGGAGAGCAAGAUAGGAAGAAAAAUUAAGAUGGGAGCUAUAAAGGAGACAUUCUUCAUAUCACAUGGAUCACCAAUGAUAUCUUUGGAUGAUUCAUUUCCUGCAAGACAUUUCUUGCUGGUUUUCAAAGAAAGGGUGUUCAGUCAGAGACCUAAAGGCAUUCUGAUAAUUUCUGCCCAUUGGGAAACCUCAGAACCAGCUGUGAAUUUGAUCCCUGGCCGUCAAGAUACUAUACAUGACCUCAUCUCUAACUUACCCAGGGCAUUGUACCAGGAAAGAUACCAGAGACAAACUAAAGGCCUCUCUUAAAGGAUCGGUGAAUACCUGUUGACCUGGAAGGCCACCCCAAAAUUUCUAAGGAUUCAAGUGUCAAAUCUAUCAAUAUGG